AUGCCUGAUGACCCUUUGGCUUGGAGGCUUCUUUACCCUACUCCCCGUGGCCAGCAGUUCCAUCUAUUCCUUGGUGGUGGUCUAUGCAUUUCAAGUUUUGCCACGGCCGUGGAUUGGACAAAUGACCAACCUCCUAGUCUCCCAGCUCUACGAGGAUGCUGCGAAGAGCAGUGCCGCCCAAAGCUUUUCUCAAGGUGGUUUUGCGCUGGGUGCUGUAGCAAUGGUCUUGAUGGAGCAAUACUCGUCCUCGGCAUUUGGAGGAGCUGCGGUCUUCUACAUGGCAGGUGGCUUCACAUGCCUCUCGUCCUUGCUCUUCUUGGUGCUGCCCACAUUGGAGAAUACGCCGGCAGCAGGGAGCUCACCCACGAAAUCGAUGACGUCCUCGACCUCGCGCUGCUUCUCAGUGGCAGCAGCAGGGCUUGGAGUCCUCGCCGUGGGGGUGGAAGUGGCCUGCGGCACAUGGUUGAUCACAGCCAUGACGCAGAUCCUUUGGCAAGCACAUGGCAAGUGAUCUUCUGGAUCCUCUUUGCUUUGAGCCGCCUGGUGUUGGCGCCGUGCAUUUGCAAGUGUUUAAGCCCUCGCCCAGCGUCCAUGGUUAUGGCCGGUGCAGCCCUUUCAGCUGCGUGUUGCUUUGCGGUGCUCCUUUGCCCGGACCUGUGGAGCAUCCUGCUGGGCGUUGCAGGCGUGGCGCUGGGCGCCGGACCUUCCUACGCCAUGAUCAUCAGCAUGGCCAAGGAGAGGCGGCCUGGAGGGCUCACAUCCAUUGACACGGCCAUGUUUUCCAUCGCCAGCUCUCUCGGCGCAGGUGGCGUGCCCUUCCUGAUGAGUCGGGUCUUGAGUCUCUUUGGUACCCAAGCCUUCUUCCCGACUCUUUCGCUGAUGUCCUUUGUCUUGCUUGCCUUCACCUUCUUGCUCAACCGGCUUUCUCCACCGACAGAGCUGACAGAGCCCGACGAGGAGUCUACGGAGGCUAGUACAGCGAUGGAGCAACCAGUUCCAGGCAUCGUUUGGACCUACUGGGAGCAGGGUUGGGAGCACGCUCCAUCCUUGUGCCAGGCCUGUGUGAAGAGCUGGCGUUUGGCCAAUCCGGAGUUGCACUUCCAGCAGAUCUCCUCGGUCGAUCUCCCCGAGCUGCUGCCCGAGCUUUGUGGCUGGAAAAGGUUCUGGGAGCUGCCAGCAGCUCAACGUGCUGAUGUCCUCAGACUGGCCUUGCUGGAGAAGUUCGGCGGGCUUUGGGUGGACGCGACCUUGUUUUGCUCGGCUCCCGUCAUGCCUUGGUUGCAAGCUCUGAAGGAAGGCGGAUCUGGAAGCGAGCAGGAGGGUUUCUUCUUCGUCUUCGACCGGUCCCAAUCCAAGUCGUGGCCGUGCGACCCCUUCGUGGACUGCGAGCUGUGGAUCAGCAACUGGUUCAUCGCCAGCAGUCCAGGGCAUCCGCUCACCUCCAACUGGCUGGCAGCCUUGCGAUUGGAGUUUUGCAAGGCUGAGGUCGACUAUUUCUGCGCGCAUCACAGCUUCCGCCAGAUGGUCCAAGCAUCGCCUGAAGCCAUGAAGCUUUACCAGGAGGUGCCGAAGGUCUCGGCUCGCCACCCUCACCUGUUGGAGUUCGAGCUGGGCUUCGGAGGCCGCGAGACGGAGGCAGGCGCGGAGCGCUUGCGGCAGGCGCUACAAGCGGCCCCGGUGCAGAAACUCUCACAUAAGAUCCUUCAGCCAUGCUUCCUGACAGAUUUGAUGCAUCAGUCCACGAUGUUGAAGUGCCUAUUUUCUUUGCAUGGGGCAGCCAUUGGUGAUUCCUUCCUCCGCAGCUUCCGUUGCAAGCAACGGAGCAAUGCUGAUCUGAUUCUAGAGGAGCUCGAGCGGAGAAAGAAGGUGCUGUUUAAUGCCUGGAUGUUGGAACUGGUCUGUGGCGUUAUGAGCUAUGCCCCGAAGGCCUUCGUGCUUUGGAGGUGCUGGAACCGGCCGGUGUGUGAAACGGAGGGGGCGAGGUCCACAGACGUUUCAAGGAACUUCAAUAACUUCGAGGCGUACGGUGGGCGGAAGAUCGCGGUGGUCUCCGUGUGCGGCCCGUCGAACAGCGGCAAGAGCUACUUGCUGAAUGUCCUUUUGGGUCGCGUGGAGGAGAGCUUGCCCGCCUUCAAGGUGGGCACUCGCCGCACGGGAAGCUGCACCGAUGGUCUUUGGCUUUGGGCUCAUCGGGACCCGGACGACGAGAAUGCGCCGAUCCUGGCGUAUUUGGACUGUGCUGGCUUCGGAGUCAGCGAUCGCAGCUGUGAUGGGCAGCUGAUGACGCUGUGUGCUUUGAUGUCCUCAGUGAUGAUCUUGAACACCAAGGAGCCAAGUCCAGUCUUCAACUCUUUGGCCUGCGUGACACGUUUGGCCGAGCACUUGCAAGAACGUGGCCAGGACGUCAGUCGCCCUGCCCUGCUUUGGGUGCUACGCGAUUUCACCUUGGAUCUUCGGGACGCAGCAGGAAGCCUCAUGAGCCCGGAGGAAUACUUGGAGCAGGCUUUGCACGCCGCCAACCCGGGCACGGAAGAGGUGCGAAAGAGCCUGCUGCGGUUCUUCAAUCACAGGAGUUGCACCACGCUGGUGCAACCGGUCUUUGAGGAGGCUCAGUUGAAGAGCUUACCCGAGAAGCCUUACAAGUCACUGCGGAGCGAAUUCCGCGCUGCAGUGGAGGCAGUGCAAGCACAGCUCAUUGCUACGUGUCAUUUGCACCCCAAGACGGUGGCCGGCCAGGUGCUAGGAGCUUCUUCCUAUGCAGCCUUGUUGAAACAGCUGGUGGAGGCGAUGAAUGAGCAAAAGCCCUUGAAUGUGCGAAAUGCCUGGGACACCGUGCAGCACACGAGCUGUGGGAGUUUGGCAGAUGAACUCAGAGGCAUCGCUACACAAAAGCUGAAGCUCUUGAAGUCUGGCCAGAAACUGCCGGACGACACGCAGCUCCCGUUGACCGACGACGCGCUGCGAAGCUUCUUCCGACGCCAGCGGCAUGGGCUCAAGGAGCGCUGGGAGGAACAAGCUGUAGGGGAUGAAGAGGUGCGGAAGGAGUACUGGCAAGAGCUCAAGGAGACCUUGGCACGAGAGGAGAUCCAAGUGAGGCAACAAAAUGGUCGUUUGGCCGAUCAGCAGCUCUCCGAGGCUUUGAAGCCUUGGCAGGCGUGGCUGGACAAUCCAGAAGGUGCUGUGGAAGAAGGUGAGAAGAUCUCCAUCGACCUGGGGAAGCUCUUGGACCGCUUGCCCAGCACCGCGGUCACUCGCGGCGGCCGCUCAGCCAUUGAGGCAGCGGCUCGUUCCGUGGCUGUCGCGCGCACGGCUGUGAGUGCCACGGUGGAGCAGUCCGCCGAAGCGCAGCGGAGGGCACUCGCCUGGGGGGAGCAGGCCGCGAAGCUGGAGGGCGCUGUGCGGAGUGAACUCGAAGCGACCGAGGCCUCCAUCAAGGAGUCGAUGGAACGCUUCCGGGCAGCGAGCCAAGAGAAGGAGGCGAAGACGGUGGAGCUCCAGGGCAAGGGGGCAGAGCUGGAAGAUGGCUUGCAGCAGCUGAGUGCGAUUCAAGCAGAUGUGGAGGAGGCCAAAGUCCGAGAAGCGGAGUUGAAGGCCUCGGUGAAGUCCAACGAGGAGCGCAACUUCUCGCUGCAGCACGACCUUGAAGCCACACGAGCCCUUGCCGCCAAGGCGGUUUUGUGCGUUUGGUCCGUCAGCCCUUGGGCUCUCAGCGGAGCCUCGUGGUUUGCCGACUCACAGUUCUACAUGAAUCUCUAUGUCGUGAGCCUCCUGUCCGCUGUCGCCCUCGGCUUCCGCGCGGAUGUCCAAUACCAACGCGUGGAUGCGAUCGACCCAGCAGAGCGCCGGAAGAUGGUCGAGAGCUUCGGGAAGUUCAAGGCCAUUCUGGCGACCAACCAGUCACGCUUUCUGAAGGACUGUGCCAAGGCCAGCGACUACAUCUCAGACGUGCUCUCUUGUGGCAACACAGUCCUUUGCUAUUCCAGGCUUUUUACCAAGGACCCUUUGGUACUCAAGAAGAACCUGAAGAUUGGCAAGAAAAAUGUGGAGAAAGCACUGAAGAAUGUGAAAUCUUGCCUUUCCACGCCACUGGAUUACAUGUACUUGGACUAUGUGACGUUGGGCCUAUGGAAGCGCGUGCAAGAUUUGGUUCGCCAUACAGACCUGGGCAACCAAAGUCCUGGGGCCUUGUCGCAUGGUAGCUUGGAGAGGAAGUUUUUGCAAGCACGUGGAGGAAGAAACUUCUUGAUUGAUGUGGCACAAGCCAGCCUGGAUUCGCUGAAGGCAGAGCUGUUGAGGAAGGAAGAUCCAGAGGACUUACCAAGAGUCUUCUUCGCAUAUCUUUCGUGGAGCACCGUCGGCACUUGGCGAUCACAGAAUCACCUCUUCGCCAUUGUGAAGCGAAGCAACACCAACUUUCACAUCAUGCAGGGCUACAUCAAGUCAGAUGUUGAGCCAGGAUAUGACCUUUCGGACUGGCUGUGCUCGAGAAACCCCUUUGCCAACAUCAAUGGCUUUGGAGCCUUCUCGAUGCACAAGUUCUUGGACCAUUUGGACACCUUUAUCGACAAUGGUCAUGAAGGGGAUACCUUCGACGGGGACAACCACGCCGCCAUGUUUUUGGUGCGGGAGAAGAACUUCGAGGGCAAGGAGUAUGUGCCAGCUUUUGCAUGGUUUGAGGUCGAGCAGUCGGACAUGAAUUCGGACCAGGACAUCGCCCUCAUGGUGAAGUCUGCCACUUCCCAAGCUCAAGCAGUGCCACUGGAGGAGCAGUGUCAGGAUUUGGAGAAGAUCCAUGAGGGGAAACUUCUGCCAGGUGAGACACUGAAGGCUCGCCCCGGAGCACUGGCGGCCUUGCGCUCGGAUCGCCCAGAGGACUGGACCCUGGAGCAGCAGACGAGCUCCGAGGUGUUUGCCCGGGACAUGCGCCAAACGGACGAGGACCACGUGGGGCCGUGGCCGCCUUUAGCCCUUUGGGGCGGCGCCGCUUCGAACGAUUGCUCGCAGACCACGGCGGAGCACCUGGCGAGCCAGCGCUCGAACGAGGCGGCCGCCGAGGCUGCUUCUCUUCAGACCUUGCAGUUGCAGGAGGAACUGCGGGAGGCGCAAGCGGAGUUGCAGCGGCAGAAGAGUCAGCUGGAGGAAGAGCGUGAAAAGUUGAAGAGGGAACGUGAAGGUCAUCAGGACAAACAUCAUUCGCACCUCCAGGAGCUCCACGGGGAAUUGCACCGCGAGCGUCAGCACCUCACCACCGCCCACGACGCCUGUCAUACCGAGCACCAGCAGCUGCUGAGUAGUGCACGACAGGAGCUGGAAGAGGAGCGAAGGAAGCAUGCAGAGAGCAAAGAAGGGACCAAGAGCCAACUGUUGCAGCACGUCCGCCACAUCGGAAGCCUCGAGGGCAAGGUGACGGGGCUGAGCACCGAGGCCAAUUUCUUAAAGGGUCGGAUCUCUGAACUUCAGGGCAUCCUCAAAGAGUCGGAAACGCAUAUGGUCAAGCAGGGCCAGGUCAUAGCCUCUCUGAAGAAGGAGCUGGAAAAGGCCAAGGGAGAGACUGGUCGAACAAGAUCUGAAGGAGAAGAAAGGCAGAUUGAAUCUGAUCAUUUGGCACCCUGCAGCCGACCUUUGCGCGUGGCUUUGGUCGGGGCUGGCGCCUUUGCUCGAAAGGCUCAUCUGCCUUCCUUGCGCGAGCACGCGGACUGCUUCGAGGUGGUUGCUCUGUGGAGCCGCACCCGCGCGUCCGCCGAAGCGGCGGCGGAUGCAGUGGGUCUGGCGAUUCUUUGGGGCGAGGACGGUUGGGCAGACUUACUUUCUGGCAGAUUGUCCGUGGAGUUGUUGGAUGUGGUGCUCCCCAUCCAAGACCAGGCGCGUUUCGUGCGCCAGGCUUUGGACGCCAACCUGGCAGUGGUGUCGGAGAAGCCCAUUGCGCGGAACACCUCAGAGGCGCAGGAACUGCUGCGUUCAGCGCCUUCGCGCGGGUGGUGGGUAGCGGAGAAUUGGAGGUUCGAGCCAGCCUUCCUUUUAGCACGGGCGGCGCUGCCCGCGCUGGGUGAGGUCUUGUCCUUCUCGGCCAACGCGCAGAGUCUCAUGCCAGAAGAUGUGCCCCUCAUGCGCCCGGAUGGCUGGCGCAUGGCCGCUGAUGGAAACUGGAUCGUGGACGUGGGAGUUCACUUUGUUGCUGCCUUGCGCUUGGUCCUCGGCGAGGUGGAGCUGGUCCAUGUGGUGCGGCAAAGUCUUCGUCCCGAGCUUCAGCCCUUCGACACCUUUGCCGCCACCCUCCGCGCGCAAACUGCGCCGUUCGCGCUGGGCGUGUGGCUGUUCUCGCUGAGCGUGCCGAAAGCGACGCCGCGAACCAUCUCCGGCCUUUCUGACCUAGACUUGCAGAUUUCUGGCCGCAACGGUACCUUGGUGGUUUCCCGUGGAGCCGUAGAACUCCGGGACACUGACGGCCGCACGCGCGCGGCCUCGCGCGGCUUCCAGGGCCCCAGCGUCGCGUACGCGCUGCGGGCGGCGGCGCGCGGUGGCAGCUUUGGAGCGCUUGCAGCGGCGGUGGCACCACUGGAGGCUUGGAAGGACCUGGAACUGGUCGAGGCCGUUUUGCAGCAGGACGUGGGCGAAGACAUUCGACCUUGCAAAAGACAGACUAGUGGAACUUUGAGUUCGAGCACUUUGCGAUCUCCCCUGGCUGCAGCCAUUGACGCGGAUUUGCCGCUCUACCAGAUGCGUCGCGAAGGGACCCGCAGAUUGCAAGAGCGCGUGGAGCAGCUUUCGGCCAAGCCUUCGGGCUGCCUGCCGCGCCUGGGUCCCAGCCGCCACGGCUCGCGCAGCGGGUCAUGCGGCUCAGGCUUGGGGUUGAAGGCUCGAUCUUAG